GGAACCACUUCUCCUGGUCUCAAUUCUGAUAUUGAUUUGCUACAAAGUUAUAACAAUGCAAACAUCAUGACAGACUGGAGAGACUGGGAGGCUGGGAUGGGGAACCUUCUGAUGCUUCAUGACUACACCACUCCACCGCAACAGUACUUGCUACAGGUUAUUAGGGGAGACACACCGGAGCCGGAGACACGACUGUGUGAUGACAGGUAUGUGAGGAAAGAUUCUGUGACAGUAUUGUUCAGCUCAGAACAAUGGAAAAAGGAAACAGAGUACAUUCAUAAAGAUCAAGGAGAGAUAACCAAACAAGGACCUUCUGUGAGUAUUAUACCCAACUGGGAUAUAGUAAACGCAUUUCACGUUUGCCAACCUCUUCCUGAAAUACAACACUGGAUAGAAAGAUGCAGAGGUAGACACUGGCCGCCUGCCCAAUUACUGGAGGCUGCAUGGGUAGCUCCGUCUUUCUUGGUACCGGUCGGACAUCAUGACAGCGAUUUCAAGCGCGAAGAAUGGCGACUGUCUCCGAACCUUAUAGAACGAAUGUUGAUGUUUAGUUUUAAUAUGAUACAAAUAAAGUGUUUUAUUGUGUUGAAAUUAAUUAAACAAUCAUUAUUUAAGAAAAUGGUUGGGGAAUGUAUUACAAGUUUUCAUUGUAAAACUGUAAUGUUCUACACCAUAGAGAGAACCCACCCUUCUCUGUGGAUGGAAGAUAACCUAAUGUUUCUAAUAUUACUAUGUUUACAAGUAUUAAGAAAAUGGCUGCGACUUGGAAGCCUCCCUCAUUAUAUCAUAAAAGGAGUGAACUUAUUUGAUGGAAAACUGUCUGUGGUGCAGCAGAGACGCCUUUUACAGUACGUGAACUUCUUGAUUAAGAACAACUUGCAAGAUUUAUUUUAUAUAAAUAUAGAUAAAUUAGGAUAUCGUUUACAAGGGUGUGGUAUACGGCACAUCGGACAAGCUGGAGGUGUACUGAGACGUAUAUGCGUAAAUAAGAGUAUCAGUUUAAUGCUGACGUUUGAGCGCUUGGAGAGGUUUCUUAUACACUUAAAAAUAAAUACAUAUAAUGUACAAAAUCCAAAUGCAUUCACCGAGCAAAAUAUAAACUCAAAAUUACGCACAUGUUUUGAACAUUCCAGGAAUCCCCAAUUGAAAAAAGUUGCUUUAGAAUUUAUCAAUCACCUGUACGCAUUACGCAAUUCGAUGCAAUCAUCUAAGUGUUUGCGGCUACGAAACCAUGUGUUCAGCGUACUUAUAAGGCGUUUCAAAUAUUCUUUAAACACGGAUGUAGCUUCUAAUCGCUUAAAGUUGGCUUCUGUGCUAUACUGUUGUGGACAUCUUCAAGCGGCAGUUAGAGUGCUAGAAGAUGUGGAGAGGAGUUAUCAUAGCAAGGUAAAGGCUGUGUGUGGAUUCAGAGUUAUAGAAGGAGACCGCGAUCUCCAUGUGUUUGCUAACAUAAUAUCAGAUAACUGUGACAAUGGAUUAUAUGAACCACAAUUUGCAUUUUGUGUCAAGUUUGUUAGAGAAGAAGCGUACUGCGCUCCAUAUAUAUUGUGGUUUGAAAUGAAUCGCAACAUGACGGAAGAGGAAGUUGCACAGAGACAUUACAGUGAUAAACACUGGAUGGACAGCGCUGAGGUGGAUGCUCUUCCUUUCCUUUACUAUCUACAAUAUCUCACGUAUGGAGGACUCGGUGAACGCGACAAACAGCUACAUGCAUUUGGAAUACUCGAGUCUUAUACAUGUGAUCUCAGAAAUAAGAUCAUCAUGUUUCACGAUGAGACAGCGCUCAAUUUGCUUGGUCAUUGCUAUGAAAUGGAAGGAGACUAUGAAGGGGCGCUAGAUUACUACGAGGAGUCGUUGAGCUUUUACGAUACGAACAAUGCUGCUAACUGGCACGUACAGCGUGUGCAGCGUCUGAUAAGUACUUAAGAAUGAACAUGACAACUUUUUAAAGUACAAAAUACGUUAUACAAGUAUUUGUUAAGAUACACACGGUGUUGUCAGCUACUUAUAUAACUUUAUUUGUUUUAUUGUAUGUAAUAUUUAGCAGCACAUUUUCAAAACAUAUACCAAAAGCACGGGUAUGUAAGAUAUGACAAUCUUACACGUUAUUUUAUUUCGUUACAUUAAUAUGGAAAAUGAGCGUUUCGCGAUGUUGCUAUAGAUAAUUCGAAUUUAGUGUAGAUUUAAAUUAUAAAGCAAAUUAAAGAAAAUCUGAAGCACUAGAUUUCGUGAUUUCAUGCCGAGCAUUAAAUCUUAUCUGGGACUCUUGACAUUAUCUAAACAUUAUACAUAUAAAAUAACGUCCGUAAUGCUUAUAAACACAAGACUGCGCGUGACAGCUUUAUUCCUGCAGUGCUGAAAUGCAGCUAAGUUAACUCAUCGGGUGUAUGAUUUUGACAAUGCUAUUCAAUGAUGAGAUAAAACACAAGCUGAUCGCAUGUAUCAUAUACAUAUAUUCAUUGUGAAGUAUUUAUAUUGUAAACGCGAGGAUCAGACGACAAAGGCAGCCCCAUCCAUAAUGCCUACAUAGUAGAUGUUAUGUUUUAGUUUGUACAUAGGAAAACCAAAUUUAACAAUGUUAGAUUUUCUAAUUUGACAAUAAUCAUAAUCGCAAAGUCUUUCUCAUAGUAGCAUCAACCUUCCAGUGUAUGUUUCUUUUUAUUCAAAAUUGAAAAAGUAUGUAAAAAUUGUCAAAAUGAGUGUAAAUUCAUAAAAACAUUAACAAAACUAUCCUGACUCUACAACGUACCAUAAAUUUUGACAUUUGUCCCACAAUAAUUAUGGAGACCGCGAGUGUCGCUUCUCAACUAACCUGUGUUUUUUCAUGCGGUGUAAGACGGUAAGUACUUUUUUCAUUUUUCGUUAAGUCGUGCACAAUUCCACUAAAUAUUUGCAAACAAUUCAAUUAUGUCGAGCAUUGCGCUACAUCGUACAUUCAUUCGAUAUGUAUAUUAUGUAUUCAUUUUAGCUCGAACAUUCGCCUAAUAAUUCGAGCUUUACUACUCACCGAAAGUUGCUAUCUGCUUAAUGAUCUUGUGAGGAAAACGUGCAAAAACUAAGAGGUGCAAUUUAGCAGAAUGGUGGCCUUUUUUGCACUUAGAUAAUUGGUAACGGUAACCGUUCAACAUCUCUAUAUUUCCGAUUCUAUUGCAGUUGUUUAAUUGGAACUUCAUAAAUGUUUUCGGGUAAAUUACAUGAAGAGUCCGAAUUGGACACACAAUUAGGUACAAAUUAAAAACGAGGAGUCAAAAUAAGUUUGAAUAAACCCAGAAGAAAACAAACUGUUUAUGGUGUUGAGUCAUAUCAAACGUUUAAGUUUUGAAAAUCGAAAAAAAAUCCUUUAUUGCACUUAAUAUAUUACACCUUUGGAUUAUAUGUGCUAUGAAUAUAUAAAUAUAUGAUAUAUAAUAUAUAUAUAAUAUAUCAUAUAUUCCUCAAAUAUUGAACAGUACAUUCUGCAAUAAUCGCCAAAAAAGUUAUUACAAUCAAAAGAUAUGCAUCUAAAUACAUGAAAUUGUCUUUCACAAAUAAUGGCAGACUCAUCUGGAUAAAAUUGCCUAGCACAGUUCGCUCUGCAAAAUCAAUUAACUCAUUCAACAAAGUAAAUGCAAACAGUAUAUCCACUGCACUUCAUCUGCUUUUAUAUUAGCUAUUGCUGUUGUUAUUUAUUGUGUUAUAUCAUUAAGAAUUUCAUCUGUGGCGAUAUACAGAUUUUGUAGUAAAAUCGUUUCAACACGCUUUCUAGUUUGGAAUGACUCUUCAACAGAAUGAUUCAUAACGGUAUUUAGUAGUAAGAUUAAAUGCGCAAUUUUAAACGCUUAGUUUAUUUCUGAUCAAUUAAUGUGUUUUAUGUCCUUUAAAUUGUGAUUGUAUUAAAGUGUAUCUGCGUUCAUUACCUUUAAUAUACUCUAUGAUAUAUAAUGUUUUUUCUUUGUAUCAAUAUUAUUAUUGCUAUUGUUUGUUUUAUCAGAAUGCAAUAUUAUAAAUACGAUAGUAUUAUUAUUAUUAUCAUUAUUAUAAU